AGGCUUUAUGGAAUAAGUUUCAAGGUCUGGACUCUGUUUCCCUCACCUCCAUUGCUUACUUAAAUGGGACAAAGUAUUCUAAAGGAAUGGUGCUCUCAGUUGGACAGACAAGUGGACUGCCAGAUUUUGGGACAGUACUGGAGAUCUGUGUCGUGGAUGGUUGCAUAUUAUUCGUUAUGGAACUAUUCACAGCAUCCUUCAUGGAGCAUUUCAGGUGUUACCAGCUGGCCAGAAAAGACCCUAAAGUAACUGUGGUUGUUGAUCCUCACAGUCUGAAUGACUACACCCCCCUUGCUGCGUACCCUGUUGAAGGAAAGCUGCUCAUCACUCCAAGGACGUUCCUGUUACAUUAAGCUGUUGGUGACUCCUCAAUGAUGCUUCUCCGAGUUAUCGUCUCACCUCAGGAAAUAAGGCGUGUCACCCUACAGGAUGUUCCCUCGUCAGUUGAUGAACUGUGUACAGUACUGCGCAACACUCUGGGCCUCCGAGGGAACUUCAUUCUACAAUUUGAAGAUCCAGACUUUGGGAAUGAGCUCUGUAAUUUGACAGAUAUCAAGGACCUACCAAUGGAACGAGCCACUCUGAAAGUUUUGUUCACGUCCUCUGAAGUGGUUUCUGACUCAACAUUAGACACCGCAAGCCUUGGUUCCCCGACUAGUUGUGAUUCAGCUGAAUGGCCUGAUCCCUUUGUUAUCCCAGCUUUUUCCCAUGAUGUUGAGUUUCAACUACGGGCCGCAAAUGAUGUCUAUGCCAAGGAUGGAACUGUAAUGGUCAUCUCAAAGGGUGUGAAGAGUGAAAUACUGGACAGACUUGCUGAUAUUGUAUCCAAAAUCACAGCCUAUCCCAGCAAAGACCAUUAUGAAAGCGUAGCCAAAGCUCUUAUUGCAAAGCACCCUUGUCUCAGGGAGCCUGGGUCAGGUAAAGGAUGGUAUUGCUGGGUGUUCAGCUUGAGAUUCAAGAUGGGCAAUUACCGUCAGAGAAUGAUGGCAGCUGGAUGUCCUGAAGUUUUUGUAAAUAAAAGAAAAAGGGGAGAGGGACGCUGCAAGCCAGUCAAGAAGUCAAAAAAGGGAGAGAUCCACUACCUGCCAGAGCCACCUGAUGGACAGACUGCUGCGAAAUCAGAGAAGGAUCGUGAGACAAUGCUUCUAGAAGUGCAGAAGAGAGAUCCAGAUUUACAACUCCUGGAUGAACUGAUGAUUGCAACAUUCUCACAGCGAAGACAGGAGGUCAUCGGUGAUGAACCACUCAUCUCUGAAGUCAUGGAGAGAUGGCCUGCACUGUUUUGUCAAAGACAGCUAAGCGCCGAGUUCCACAGAAUUGUCACUACAGACCUGCUGGAGUCAUUUCUGGAAGGACUAGAUGCCAUGGUGCCAAGUCUUUUGGGAGUGUACAAAGCUGCUGUCGCAUCGAGCAGAAAGUGGACCCUGAGUGAAAUUCUGGAGUGUCUUCAAAAAGAGGACACAAACCAAAACAGGAGAGCAGCUGCCCUACUUGGUCUUCCUCAGUUUCUUUCAGAGGAUUCCUCCGAUAUAAUCAGGAUGUGUGAUGCUCAUGGAGAAACCCUCGAUGAGAUAAUGAAAGGAAUGCAGGUCGGACUGCUUAUUGGACAUGAAGGCCCUCUCCAUGAUGCAUUUCCUCUGGAAGUCUUUCAUGUGGCUGUGGUGGUAGAGGAGAUGAUUAUCGUGCAUGACCUCAAGGAUGUGCCCACAGGCUUUGCCAUGUUAAUGGGUGCAAUCUACUGCCUUAACCUCGAGUACCCCCGCAACAUGAAGUACUCCUUUGAAUUCCUUCAGAGGGUCAUCAUGAGCAUUAAACCGGACCAGUGCUCAGCAAGAAUCCAUGGUCUCAGAAAUAAGCUGUUCAGAUAUCGCCUGUAAACAAAUAAAUGCCCAUCAUUAGCUCCUUGUAGAAGAAAACAUAGUUUUUGGACUCUGGGAUUGUUCUUCAUAAAUUGUUUGUGUUUCCAGCAGUGUAGUUUGUACAGUGCAGUUCAGAUGUAGAUAAAACUGCAAAGAUAACACCUUUACACAGAUUAAUGCACAUCUCAAGCUCAUACUGAGAAGAAGCUGUUUUGGGGGACUUUUGCAUUGUUCUUACAAAUUGCUUAUGUUUUUAAAGUGUAGUUUGUACAACACAAGUCAGUUAUGGACCAAGCAAGUCAAGAAAAGAGCAUAAAUUAAAAGGUGAAGACCUUGCACACUGUUCUGAACUGUAGGUUUGUUAAAAUGUGUAAGAACCUUUGGUGAGGUCCUAACUAUGUUAACAAAAGAACAAUUUUACUUGAGUAUUGGUUAAAGAGAUCUGCUAUCUAGACAUGGAAGUUUGUUGUAUGGUUUUAGAAAGCUCUCAGUAUCCCUUCAUUUGUCUCAGCAGAACCCCACAAUACCUCAAACUCUCUGUUUCUCUUUUUUCAUCUUUCUUAUUCUCAUUUCAGGUUUUGGAAGAAUGUGGGAACCAGCAGAUUUGUUAAACUUUUGUUUUUGGGGUUGUAUCAUGAUACAUUGUAUCAUAUUGUUCUUGUUUAUAUUUGGAUUUUAUAAAACCGUUUACUGUCUCUCUCUCAACCCCAACACUGGCAGUUAUAACAA